AUGUACAACUUCUCCGGCUACUACAACCUCGCCCCGGGCACGCUCCACCGCGCGGUCUCCUACGUCGACCGCUUCCUGUCGGCGAGCGUGACCGCCGGCGGCUGCGCCGGCGUCAAUCUGGUCCUCGUCGGCGCCGUGGCCGUGUUCACCGCGGCCAAGUACGAGGACAGGAGCACCACCCUGGCGCUCCGUGCCGACGACGUCGCCAGGCACGUCGGAUGCGCCGCGUGCGACGUCGUCGCCGCGGAAAGCGCCCUGUUCGCCGCGCUGGGGUACCGCCUGAGCGGCCCCACGGCCUACACCUUCGUCGACCACUUCACCAGGCACGGCCAGGAGGAAGACGGCUCGCUGCUGAUGCUGAGGACCCUGGCGCACCACCUCGCCGACCUGGCGCUGCUGGACUGCCGGUGCGGCGCGCGCUUCCUGCCGUCCGCCGUGGCGGCGUCCGCAAUCGCCCUGGCGAGGAUGGCCAUGGGCGGCUCCGCGCCGUCGUGGAGCGAGGAGGAGGUCAAGGUGACGGGGUACGAGCUGGAGGACCUGGCCGGGUGCAUGGCCAUGAUCUACGAUAUUCACAAGCACCCGGAGGCGUGGCCGGGAUGCUACCACAUGAUGGAUGACUGCAAACUCAUCUACGCGCUGCCUCCUCUGGUGAUCUGA